AAUGUGAAGAUCGACUGACUGAUGAAAACAACGAAUUACAAAAUCUUGUUAUAAAUAACCAAUUGAACCAAUAUUCAACUGACGGUAGGAAAGUGAAUACUGUUGAAAAACCAUUUGGAUGUGAAGUAUGCACAAAACAGUUUGCACGAAGUUUUGACUUGAAAGUUCAUAUGAGAACGCACACUGGUGACAAACCAUUUGGAUGUCAAAUAUGCAAAAAACAAUUUACAAAAACUACUUACCUAAAAGUUCAUAUGAGAAUGCACACAAAUGAAAAACCAUUCGAAUGUGAAAUAUGCACAAAACAGUUUACACAACUUUCUAAUUUAAAAGUUCAUAUGAGAACGCACAUUGGUGAAAGACCAUUUGGAUGUCAAGUAUGCACAAAACAGUUUUUAAGAAAUGAUCAACUACAAAGACAUAUGGUGGUGCAUACUGGUGUAAAACCAUUUGGAUGUGAAAUAUGCACAAAACAGUUUGUAACACACAAUGAGUUAAAAAUACAUAUGGUGGUGCAUACUGGUGUAAAACCAUUUGGAUGUGAAAUAUGCACAAAACAGUUUGCAACAAACAGUGAGUUAAAAAUACAUAUGGUGGUGCAUACUGGUGUAAAACCAUUUGGAUGUGAAAUAUGCACAAAACAGUUUGCACGAAGUUUUGACUUAAAGUUCAUAUGAGAAAGCACACUGGUGACAAACCAUUUGGAUGUCAAAUAUGGAAAAAACAAUUUACAAAAACUACUUACCUAAAAGUUCAUAUGAGAAUGCACACAGAUGAAAAACCAUUCGAAUGUGAAAUAUGCACAAAACAGUUUACACAACUUUCUAGUUUAAAAGUUCAUAUGAGAACGCACAUUGGUGAAAAACCAUUUGGAUGUCAAGUAUGCGCAAAACAGUUUUUCACAAAUAAUCACUUAAAAAGACAUAAUAUGGUGGUGCAUACUGGUGUAAAACCAUUUGGAUGUGAAAUAUGCACAAAACAGUUUGUAACACACAAUGAGUUAAAAAUACAUAUGGUAGUGCAUACUGGUGUAAAACCAUUUGGAUGUGAAAUAUGCACAAAACAGUUUGCACGAAGUUUUGACCUAAAAGUUCAUAUGAGAACGCACACUGGUGAAAAACCAUUUGGAUGUAAAAUAUGCACAAAACAGUUUAAACGAAUUGCUGACUUAAAAUCUCAUAUGAAUACCCACACUAGUGAAAAACCAUUUGGAUGUGAAAUAUGCACAAAACAGUUUACACAACUUUCUAAUUUAAAAGUUCAUAUGAGAAUGCACAUUGGUGAAAAACAUUUUGGAUGUCAAGUAUGCACAAAACAGUUUUUAAGAAAUGAUCAACUACAAAGACAUAUGGUGGUGCAUACUGGUGUAAAACCAUUUUGAUGUGAAAU